GUCAACCAAGUGGAUGUUCGUCAAGUGAAUGUUCUCAAAGUCUCGGGGGACUUCAGCAGUCUCUUUUUUUCUCUAUGCCGUCGUACUGCUCUUGACAAUCUUCUUCGCGGCGGUCUCCUGUGCUUUGCUCCUGUCCCAGGCCGUCAGGACAGACCACCGACGGACAUGGACGCAGAACUUCAAUGCUGUGGUCAUAGGUGCUGCGUAUGUUGCCGUAGCAUUGGUGUCUGUAGUAUACUGCUUGAAGCGCAGGAUAGCGGUUCACAGGCGGUUGCAACGUAUCUCGAAGACCUACCGCACUCUAGGUCGCCCUGAACUCCCUGAGCGCGUACAUCGCUUCAUACAACAAGAAUAUACCCGCGCUUGUCUCAUAACUUACGAGUCACAACCUAAGGAUGGAUCGCAUGAGGGCUGGGGGAACCCAGGCACAAGAUAUGCGGGUGUACGGUUUCGGAGCGCUCUCCUUGAUACCGUACGAGAGACAGACGCGCUUGCACACCUAAUUAUACCACGCCAUCCCGCAUUACGACCACACGCACGCAUGCUGCACCACUUCCGGUUCAUCCUACCCCUUCUCCCGCGAGACGAAGACGGGCUGACGCCAUUGCAUUACUACGACUCCGCAAUCCAGCUUGUGCGGCACGCAUCAAGAGAACCGACGGAAGCCGAGUACGUACUGGGCAUGGAUGCAGCAGCGGAGAUAAAGCGCAUUUUGGACGAAUGCAGACAAGAGAUGCUUGAGGGCUCGAGUUUGCAUCUGAGCGAAGCCACGUCGGCGGAGCUCUGAACUCGCUAAACGGCGUCGCCCAUGUUCUUGAUAACGUCGCACGGGGUCUGCAGCCAAUAAGGUUCUACUCAUGGACCUUCGGUCCUGCGACCGACAAGCAGCACGCACACG